AUGCCAGCCCGCAGACACAGGAACCUCUCAGCGGCACCUCUGCAGGGCUUUGUGCUUGUGGGCUUCGAAGGGGGCCCGGAGACCCAGGCCCUGCUAUUUUCUAUCUUCCUGGCCCUGUACAUGGUGACCAUUCUGGGGAACCUCACCAUGAUCGUGGUCAUCACCCGGGAUGCCCGCCUGCACUCCCCCAUGUACUUCUUCCUCCGGAAUCUGUCCUUCCUGGACCUGUGCUACUCCACCGUCAUCGCUCCCAAUGCCCUGGCUGACUACUUCUCCUCCUCCAAAGCCAUCAGCUUUGCAGGCUGUGCCACCCAGUUCUUCUUCUUCUCCCUGCUGGGUAGCACAGAGGCCUUUAUCCUGGCCGUGAUGGCCUAUGACCGCUUCAUGGCCAUCUGCAGCCCCCUGCGCUACCCCAUCACCAUGCGUCCCUCAGCCUGUAUCUGCCUGGUGCUGGUCAGUUACUGCGGAGGCCUCUUCAACACCUCCAUGCAGACCAGCUUCACGUUCAGCCUCCCCUUCUGCGGCUCCAACCGCAUCAACCACUUCUUCUGUGAUGUGACUGCCUUGCUCCAGCUGGCCUGUGCCAACACGGCGCUCAAUGAAAUGAUCUUGUUUGGCAUCUGUGGGCUCAUCAUCGUGGGCACCAUGGCUGUGAUCCUCGUCUCCUACGGCUACAUCAUAGUGACCAUCCUCAGGAUGCGUGGGGGAUCCGGAAGACUGAAAGUCUUCUCCACCUGUGGCUCCCACCUGACUGUGGUUCUCCUCUUCUAUGGCACUACCUUUGUCAUGUAUGCCCAGCCAGGGGCCGUGGAGUCCCAGGAGCAAGGCAAGGUGAUCUCCGUGUUCUACACGCUGGUCAUCCCGAUGCUCAACCCCCUCAUCUACAGUCUGCGGAACAAGGACGUGAAGGAGGCCCUUCGGCGCCUGGGGCAGAAGCACAUCGGGCCCUGA